AAAAAAAAAAAAGCAACUGGAUGUGACCUAAAGAUCUUUCAGAAAUGAUCAGAUAAACAAAUUUUGGAAUAUCUGCCCAAUGAAUUAUUACAGUGCAAAGAAGAACAUGAAUUAUUGCUAUACAGAAGCACAUGGAUGAAUUUUAUACAUACAUAUAACUGAAAAAACAAGUAUUAGCUAUAAUUUGCUCAACAAAAUUAAACAGUAUAUUUGUUUACAUAUGACAUUUAUGAUGAAACUGUAGAAAAAGUAAUAGAAUUAUAAACUAAGUUUAGGAAACUUCAUCAGGAUGGAGAAGAGGUGCAAGGGGCAUUGUUUGGAGAAACAUGAGUAAAUGCAGGUUACUGAUAGUAUUCUACUUAUUUGUUGUGGGUGUUUCAAAGAUGUUCACUUUAUUAUACUUUGUAAUUAACACAUAUUACAAGUCUUUUGUAUGCAUCAAAUGUAGAGGUACUUUUUUACUCUAGAGCUUAAAUUCCAGCACUUUUUACUAGUUUGGGCCUUUUCCAAAGGCCCUUAGAAGGGCCAUAGUAACAAUAUGUUCGCGUGGUUGGACGUUUUCAUCAGAUUUACAAUAGUAAGAUAUUUUAAGUAUAGUCAUUUGAGACCCCUGUCUCUCUUCACCUUGAUUUCUUCUUUGUGUCAGCUGGCAGUAGAGUGGUUUCAGGCAUUUUGUGAUUGGUGGCUUUGUUUGUGUUUAGUGGGAUGUGUUUGUGAUUCAGAGUCAUUUCUGGAUGUAGGUAAUUAUAGCCUGUCAGCCUGAUUGUGUUGGGAAUGUGGUCUCUGGUGCCUGGCACCUGUAAUAUGUGAGUAUUAGAGAAGCCAAAGUUUGAAAUUUAUGAAACCAGAAGGUAAUCAGGAAAAAAUUCCCAAUUAUCUGAUGUUUAAAAUUUUAAGUAUAGGAUUUCGUUCUCAUCAAUUUCCAGUCAAAACAGCACUUUUCUCCUGUCAGAAAUAACAACAUACCACAUUCAAUUAUAAAUUCACCAUAUUUUUAUUUUCUUUUUUUUAUAGGAAUCCUGCUUUUUUUUUUUUCUUUUUCUUUCUUUGAGACAAGGUCUCGCUCUGUCACCCAUGCUGGAGUGCAGUGGUGCAAUCACAGAUCACGGCAGUGUCUAAUUCCUGGGCUCAAGUGAACCUCCUGCAUCAGCCUCCUCAGUAGCUGGGACCACAGGAUAUGAAAGAUGGCAAGUCCAGAUAGAAUUAAACGGAAGAUAUUAAAAGCAAAAAAAACAAUGCCCCUAAGUUGCCGGAAGCAAGUAGAGAUGCUGAAUAAGUCCAGGAAUGUUGAAGCACUGAAAACAGCAGCAAUUGGGAGUAAUGUUCCAAGUGGUAAUCAGCGUUUCAGUCCUAGUGUCUUAACUACCAAAUGUAGCCCUUCUGAAAAUGGUGCAUCCUCAUUGGACUCUAAUAAAAAUUCAAUAUCAGAGAAAUGUAACGUAUUCUCUCAGAAUUGCAUAAAACCAGUAGAAGAAAUCAUUCAUUCAGAAACAAAAUUGGAACAAGUUGUUUGUUUGGACCAAAAGCCAAGUAAAACAACAGAUUCCCCCAGCAAAGUCUUCAUAGAAGAGGCAAAAGAUUCACUGAACACUUCUGAAAAUGAUUCUGAGUGUCAGACAAAUGUAACAAGAUCCCUUUUUGAGCAUGAAGGGGCUUGUAGUCUGAAGUCCAGUUGCUGUCCACCCAGUGUAUUGAGUGGUGGUGUUCAGAUGCCAGAGUCUACAGUAACCAGUACCGUGGAUGAUAAAACUGACCAGAUGGUUUUCCAUUUAGAAACAAACUCCAAUUCAGAAUCACAUGGUAAAAGACAAGGUGACAACAUUUUAUGUUCAGAAGAGUCAGGUUUUGUGCCUGUUGAGAAAACACCUAAUUUAGUGAAUUCAGUCACUUCUAACCACUGUGCUGAUGACAUUUUGAAAACCAAUGAGUGUAGUAGAACCUGUCCUUCCAGUAUUUCAAAUUGUGAAAGUGCAGACUCAACAUGGCAGUCAUCACUUGACACUAAUAACAACAGCCAUUAUCAAAAGAAGAGAAUGUUUUCAGAAAACAAAGAAAAUGUUAAACGCAUGAAAACUUCAGAGCAAAUUACUGAAAAUAUUUGUGUAAGUUUGGAAAGGCAAACAGCAUUCCUGGAACAGGUCAGACAUUUGAUUCAACAGGAGAUCUAUAGUAUAAAUUACGAACUAUUUGAUAAGAAACUGAAAGAAUUGAACCAACGCAUUGGGAAGACAGAGUGCAGAAAUAAACAUGAAGGAAUAGCUGAUAAACUCUUGGCAAAAAUAGCAAAACUUCAAAGACGUAUUAAAACAGUAUUAUUAUUUCAAAGGAAUUGUUUGAAACCAAACAUGUUAACCAGUAAUGGAGCCUGUAAGGUUGCAAAUUCAGAGGCUAUGAUUUUGGAUAAGAAUCUGGAGUCAGUUAAUAGUCCAGUUGAAAGGCCUUCUGUGAAUUAUGAGCCUUCUAACCCUUCAGAAAAAGGAAGUAAAAAAAUUAAUUUGUCAGCAGAUCAAAAUAAGUCUGUUUCUGAAAGUAACAAUGAUGAUGUUAUGUUGAUUUCUGUGGAAAGGCCUAAUUUGACAACUCCAAUUACAUCAAAUCCAACAGAUACCAGAAAAACUACAUCAGGAAAUUCUAGCAGUUCUCCUAAUGCUGAAGUUACGGCUGUACAGAAGAAACUUGAUUUUAUAAUUGAUUUGACAAAAGAAGGCCUAUCCAACUGCAAUACAGAAAGUCCAGUAUCCGCCCUGGAGUCACAUUCGAAAGCUGUUUCAAACUCAAAAGAAACAACCCCAUUGGCACAAAAUGCAGCCCAGGUUCCUGAGUCCUUUGAGCACCUGCCACCUCUCCCAGAACCACCAGCACCACUACCUGAAUUAGUAGACAAAACCCGAGACACACUUCCUCCCCAGAAGCCUGAGCUCAAAGUGAAACGGGUUUUCAGACCAAAUGGCAUUGCCCUGACUUGGAAUAUAACCAAAAUCAAUCCCAAGUGCGCUCCUGUAGAAAGCUACCACCUCUUCCUGUGUCAUGAGAACUCUAAUAAUAAAUUGAUUUGGAAGAAGAUUGGAGAAAUUAAAGCUUUACCACUCCCCAUGGCCUGUACUUUAUCUCAGUUUUUAGCUUCCAACAGAUACUAUUUUACUGUCCAGUCAAAAGAUAUUUUUGGACGAUAUGGACCAUUCUGUGACAUAAAAUCUGUCCCUGGAUUUUCUGAAAAUCUUACCUAAAAGAGAGGUCUUUAAUAAUUACAUAUUAUACUACUUUUUUUUCAUAUUUGUUUGUUUACAAUGUUACUGUAAUACUAUUUGCCGUUGUAAAAGGCCAGCUCAGAUUGUGAGCCCUUUCUAUUGGGACAGUCCUCUUUUAUAUGUUGUAAGUAGCCAGUAACUUGAUGAAUUUCUGGUUUGUAUUAAAUAUGUCCUUCCAAUGGAUAAGUUCUAAAACAUAUGCUAUCUUGGUCGCGUGUUGCUGAGGUGUGUUGUGAACAGUACCUUUGGUGACUGUGAAACUGCUGCUUCUAUCAGAAGACCUAGGAUACAAGCAGCCACUGUUUCCUCCAUUAACAAUCAGCUUUUAGUGACCUGCUAUGGUCAGCAUAGCUACAGGAAAAGUCAGCCCUUGACUGAGGGCCAGAUCAUCCCUGGAGUGCACCUCUACCAAGAUUUUAUGAAAAGAUGACAUGUUGGACUGCAUAAUACAAAUUAAUAUAAAAAUUAAAUUUUUUUUUUUUGAGAUGGAAUCUUGUUCCAUUGCCCAGGGUGGAGUACAGUGGCACAAUAUCAGCUCACUGCAACCUCCAUCUCCCAGGUUCAAGCAAUUCUCCGGUAUCAGCCUCCUGAGUAGCUGGGACUACAGUAGCUUGCCACCACGCCCAGCUAAUUUAUUUUUAGUGGAGAUGAGGUUUCACCUUGUUGGUCAGGCUGGUCUCAAACUCCUGACCUCAGGGGAUCCACCCACCUCGGCCUCCCAAAGUGCUGGGAUUACAGGCAUGAGCCACCACACCUGGCCAAAAACGAAAAGAUUUUAUGAAAAGAAAUGGCUUCCCAUUCUAUUCAGCUUCUAAGUGGGCUAUUCAUUUGUGCCCCUCCUCUUUUUUGUUUUGUUUUGCACUAUGUCAAUCAUUUGGGGAAAAAGCCUGGAGGUCUUUCCUGAAUCUGUUCGUAGACAUAAUAAAAUGUGUGCUGUGUACACAAAAACAUAAUAGUAUCUCUCAUGAAAGCAUUACCCAACCUGCUGUUUGAGUUGAGAAUGGAUUUGUCCACCUUAGAUGUGAGGCUUUAGUUUGCUGAUUUCCUAAAUGCUACCCUUUGAUCAUUUCCUGGCUGCCAUCCCAAUACUAAGGGGCUCAGAUGUGUCUUGUGCCCACCUCUUCCUGAGAAGAAGUGGAGCUGUGACUAGUAAAAGCAGCCCAAGAAACUCUGAACAGGACCCAAUGGAGGCAAACUUGAGAAAAUAACUGGGAUGAUAAAAAAUUUAAAAAAUCCCAACUGUUUGAAAGUUCGAAAGAGGGGCAUUCUUUCCUGGUACAUGGUGAAAGUUCAGGCUCCAGAGGCUCAAAACAGGGAACGGUUUUCCUUGGCAUUUUGUAAAUGCUCUCACAUCUGCAGUAAUAAAGCUGUUAUUUUCUGCA